AUGAAUUCCUCGCCGUCGGCUACAGAAGGAUCCAGCACAUCGCCUGUGAUUAGAGAUGGUCAACGAGAUAGAAGAUUUGGAAAACAUGGGGCAAAGCGAGGGAAAUUACGGAACGGAACUUUUGUGUUACCCAGUACUGGGGAACGGGUUCGCAGACAAAUCACGCUGCGAAGUCCAUCAGGCUUUGACGGGCCGGCGCGACAAUACACAUACGAUGAAGGGUUGGGUUUGGGCCUGAACUUGAGGAGAGAAGAUACAAAUAUAUUCCAGAAAAGUUGGUCCUAUUGUGCUGAAUCCUGGAAGGAAUUUUUGAAAUGGUUACAAUCACCUGUUGGGAAGGGAAUAGUGAAAUGCUCGUUGGCAUACACAUUUGGAAGUUUGGCGACUUUCUCACCAUACCUGGCGAAUUUUCUAGGGCACCAAGAUGGAAAACAUAUGGUGGCUACAAUCACGGUCUAUUUCCAUCCUGCGAGAUCAUCGGGAUCUAUGAUUGAAGCAGCUAUACUAGGUAUCUCGGCAUUCCUAUACGCAGUCUUCAUAUCUGUAUCGAGUAUGGCGGUCUCGGUAUACUGCGAAACGCAAUUGGGUCUAAUAGAGCUCGGUUAUGCCUUCAUACUUAUAUUGUUUUGUGGAGGAGGCCUCGGAUUCAUUGGUUGGUUCAAGCAAGCCUACAAUGCUCCAUUGGUUAGUGUUGCUUGUAGUCUGGCAAGUUUGGCAAUCAUUACGGUUCUCACAAAAGAAAAUGCGGUUCAAGUAGGUGUUUUUUCGGACGAUAAAAUCGUUCAAGUGAUGAAAAUGGUUAUCAUGGGAAUGGUUUCGACGUCAAUUGUUAGUUUAUUAGUAUGGCCGAUAUCCGCGCGAACAGAGCUUCGAGAGAGUAUGAUCAAAACUACUGAUUCCUUUGGAGAUAUGCUUACUAUGAUCACUCGAGGCUUUCUCAGUGGUGCGGAAACUGAUUUGAGCUCAACUACCUUCGACCGGGCUCAGAAGCAGUAUAAAUCAGUAUCUACCCAGCUCACAAACAACUUAAAAGAGGCAAAGCUGGAACAUUAUGUUCUAGGCACAGAAAACCAAUAUGCAAUUGAGGCAAGGCUUGUCUGUUGCAUGCAAACACUUGCUCAAUCCAUUGGAGGUCUACGAAGUGCUGCGUUGACACAAUUUUCAUUGCUUCAAGAACCCACAAUAAGUAGCGCAACACCCACAGGCUCACAUGGGUUCCCGUCGUCUCAAAUAUAUCCCGUUAGUCGACCUAUCAGUAGCAAAUCAGAUCGAUUUGCAGUUCUUGGAGCUAUUGAGGAAGCAUCAGAAGAAGGGAGUGAUCUUGACGCCGUUUCAGAAAGACCCAAGUUUCUUACUCGGCAAGGUACAGAGACCACACUAUCUAGUAUCGCUAUGCCUACAGUUCGAACACCUUCGGAAAUCUUUGGAAGAUUUAUCCUUCAUCUUGGCCCGUCGAUGAAGUCGCUCGCAUAUACUCUGUCGCAGAUAUUAGAAGAACUACCAUUUGCCGAAGGCCCUGACUACCGCAUCACUAUAAACGAACAUUUCAGAUCAAGUUUGACCGAAGCAUUAAAACUUUACACCAACGCGAGAGCUCAGGCACUUCAAGAACUUUAUAAAUCAAAAGAGCUCGAUAAGACACGCCCGGAGAGCAUUGAAGCUGAUUUCGAAGAGGUUGCUGCAAGCUGCGGCCAUUUUAGUUUCAAUCUGCAAGAUUUUGCAAGCGAAAUGCAGAACUAUUUAGCAAUUUUAGAAGAGUUGAAGGAAGAAGUGGAACGACCAAAGCAUCGUUCGUGGAGAUGGUUGAUGUUUUGGCGGAAGUCCAAGCGUCAAUCGGAAUCAGAUGCUAUCGACAAUGAAGAACAGGAACAACUUAUUGCGAGGGAUGUAGGGGAUGAAUUGCCAAAAGAUAUUCCUGAUCCUUUAACUACUAGACUUGGAUAUAGCAAGGUAGAAAUCGCUGCUAAGAUCAACCCGGGAACCAAGGGCGGUGUCAUACGACGAAAGGCAAUGCUUAUGAUACGGUUCCUGGAUCGUGAUGAUAUUCGAUUUGCUGUGAAGGUUGGCCUUGGAGCAGCUCUUUAUGCUCUUUUUGCUUUCAUUCCCGGAACAAGACCAAAAUAUCAGCAUUAUCGAGGAGAAUGGGGACUUUUGUCUUACAUGUUGGUGUGCAGCAUGACAAUUGGAGCAUCUAAUACGACGGGUUGGGCUCGUUUCAUUGGUACUUUCAUUGGUGCUGUAAUCGCAUGUGUUAUAUGGGUCAUUUGUGUCGGUAAUCCUUACGCUCUAGCUUUUUGCGGAUGGGUGGUCAGUUUACCUUGUUUUUACAUCAUCAUUGCAAAAGGUAAUGGUCCGUUUGGUCGCUUCAUCAUGCUUACCUACAAUUUAUCUUGUUUAUACGCAUAUUCUUUAUCAGUUAAGGACUCCGACCACGACGAUGAUGAAGGUGGUGUUAGACCCAUCAUCACCGAGAUUGCCUUUCACAGAGUCGUUGCGGUUCUUGCAGGUUGUAUCUGGGGUUUGAUCAUCACAAGAGUGGUAUGGCCAAUUUCAGCAAGACAAAAGUUCAAAGAAGGUCUAUCUCUUCUGUGGUUACGGAUGGGGCUUGUUUGGAAGAGAGAUCCUCUAUCGACGAUUGUAGAAGGCGAACCUCAAUAUUCGUAUAUGAAUUUGAGAGAGGAGUUCGAAUUUCAAAGAUACGUAUUUGUAUUGGACAAACUUCGAAGUGCAGCCGCAAGCGAAUUUGAGCUUCGAGGUCCAUUCCCAUCCGCGACUUAUGGGCGAAUAGUCGAAUCUACGACUAAAAUGCUGGAUGCAUUUCAUGCUAUGAAUGUAGUCAUCCAAAAGAAUGCUGAAGCUAGCGAAGGUGAAGCUUUAUUAUUGAAGUACACAGAAGAGGAGAGAGCACAACUUUGUGCAAGAAUUAGUCAUUUGUUUCAAGUUAUGGCCUCCUCAAUGAAGCUCGAAUAUCCUCUCUUAGCGGAUAAUCUUCCCAGCACGGCUAACGCCCGCGAUCGUCUCUUAGCAAAAAUCUUUCAAUUUAGAAGACAAAUAUCGAUUAGUAAUCGUCGUAGUAAUGAGGACGAUGUACGCGCACAAGACGAUGAUGAAGAUGAGUUGCCGAUAUCUUUAGGGUUGGGAUUGCAAGGGAGUGGUUUGCAAGAAAGACUUGAUCAGGAAAUCACAGUGAAAGAUUUAGAUUAUGAAAUCUUAUAUGCUUUCAUUUUGGUGACGAGACAAUUGGCGGAAGAAAUUGGAAAGGUGCAGAGAGAAGUGGAGUUGUUGUUUGGAGUGUUGGAUGAGAGGGUUUUGGAGUUGAGGUGA